CGUGUGCAUGCGUCAGAAGGGUUUCCUGAACCACGUUUUACCAUAUUUCAUAAUGAUACCAAAGUUGUCGGUAACGAGAGAACAUAUACCAUAUGUCAGGUGAAGUGGGAUGAUGCUGGAACGUACAAAUGUUUUGCAAAAAAUGAAUUGGGAAAUGAUGCUGCCUUUGCCAUUUUUGCUGUUGAAGAAAUGCAAGAGCAAGUUGCAACGAUGUUGCCAACACGGUCAUCGGCGAACACGAAUAUAAUCCCGACGUCUAUUAAUCUUACAACAAGUAGAUCAGAAGAUGUUAAAUCCGGUACAACUGAAUGGUAUAUCAUUGUCAUAACCUUGGUGUCUGGUAUUGUUAUUGGAAUUCUUCUGUCCAACAUUGUUUCAUAUUCACGUCGUAAGUUGUUUACGCAACUAGAACGAACCCAAGAGGUGCAAAAAACGACAGCAGAUUCAACUUAUCAGGAGCUAGAUCUUAAGAAAAUGAACCAAGAAGACAAUUAUCAAUCAUUGAGUGGGAAUGCUGAAAGAAAUGAUGCUGUAAAUAACAAUGAGUCAAAUUAUACCGAGUUGAACAAAGUCAAGGAUAUCGAGAGCAAUUAUCAGUCUUUAACCUAAAAUCAUAAAGCUGGAAUACAGGAUACAAGUGGGACUGAAGACUAUGCAGAAGAUAUAGUUAAUGAUGCUAGAAGAUGUUAGAAACAGAUUGUUGCCUUACUUCAUAAUUACAGAGACAACAUCUGGUUUUUAUAAAAAGAAGUCGAACAUCCUCUCUUAAUAAAUAACACUGGAAUACUCCCUGGUUUAGGCUAAAUAAUGUACACAUUGAGUAACUCUGUUCCAUUGGCUCCAUGAGUUCCGAGUGAAAAAGAUUCCUCAGUUCGGACCGAAAUGUCUGCCAUGUAAGGCCAGUUUCAUACGCCGUAUUUUAUAUAUGUUCCGAAACAUUAAAGAAAACCUGAGGCAUUCCAGCUCAUCUUUAUAAUGUGUUCGACACAUGUGAAAUACGGCGUAUGAAACGUGGUGAUCUGGAAACUGAAACAUUGAUUCUAAUAUUUAUUUAGCAGGCCUAUAUCCAGUAAGAGGGUACUGAAGCUUUUCUUACCUCACGAUCGACCGAUUUUAGUGUAAUAAUUACUCUCGCCAUUAAUAAUUAUGGUCAGGCAGGUCAAAUAGAAACUGGCUGGAGUCAGGUAGAGUGAAAACUUACCGAAAACGGAUCCAACUUUAUUUACAGACUCUUAUUUAGCAAUCCUGAAAGAUCAGGACUGUGUCAAUGUAAACCA